AUGUUAAGAUACAUUCAUAAUUUAGGUUGUAAGAAAGAAAGUCGUAAGUUAGGGAAAAUAACUGCCUUAGAAACUGAAAGGGCGAAGUUAGCGAUAGUGAGGUUAGUGCAAAGAGAGGAGUUCAAAGAGGAUAUAAAGGCAUUAAAAAACACCAACAAGGUACAACGAAAUUCAAAAUUAAUAGCGCUUCAUCCGUACUUAGACGCUAGCGGGAUUUUACGAGUAGGAGGAAGGCUGGAACACGCCGGGUUGAGCGAGAAGAUGAAACAUCCUAUAUUACUUCCGGCAUCACAUCACUUCACCACAUUAGUAAUUGUGCAGCAUCACAAGAAGCUUUUUCACGCGGGUGUUCAGACCACUUUAAGUUCAAUAAGACAAGAAUUCUGGCCAAUAUUCGCGAAGAGUCGAGUGAAGAAAGUCUUACGAAAUUGUGCAGAAUGCCGCAAGGCUCAUCCUAAGCCUAGCUGGCAAUUGAUGGGAGAACUGCCGUCCGUUCGAGUCAACAUCACCAGACCAUUUCACAACUCUGGGGUGGAUUACUGCGGACCAUUCUACGUGCGAGAUCGAGUUCGUAGAAACAGCAAAAAAUACAAGGCUUAUGUAGCCAUAUUCAUCUGUAUGGCUACAAAGGCAGUACACAUAGAAUUGGUGGAGGACUUAACUACGGAAUCAUUCUUGGCAGCAUUGAAAAGAUUCAUAUCACGGAGAGGCAAGAUCCAGAACAUGUACUCGGACAACGGGAGAAAUUUUGUGGGAGCAGACCGAGUACUGCAGCAAACAAUCGAAGACGAAGAAUUUAAGGGAGCUGUUCAGGAGUUUGCAGCAAAUGAGCAAAUGCAGUGGCACUUUAUACCCCCUAGGUCGCCCCAUUACGAUGGUCUCUGGGAGUCGGCGGUGCGUUCGAUGAAAUUGCUUCUAAAACGUACUCUCGGGGAGGUUUGCCUCACAGUUGGAGAAAUGACUACGGUCCUAGCACAAGUCGAGGCUGUCUUAAACUCAAGGCCCCUCACACCGUUAUCGGAAGAUCCAAGUGAUUUAAGAGCCUUAACUCCAGGUCAUUUUUUGAUUGGAGAUAGUCUACAAGCUUACCCUGAAAGGAAUCUACAAGAAAUACCGAUGAAUCGACUUUCAAGAUGGCAGUACACGGAACAACUCAAGCAAUGUCUGUGUUCCCGAUGGCGAAAGGAAUAUCUCGCGACGUGCCAGCAAAGGAGAAAGUGGAAAACCGACAGUGGUGCCAAAUUCGAAGUAGGGCAGCUAGUUAUGUUAAAGGAAAGCGAGUCUAUGCCCUUUAGAUGGGUAUUGGCAAGACUCACUGAAAUACAUCCGGGUUCAGACGGAAUAAUCCGAGCGGUCACGGUCCGAACAGAAAAGUGCAUAUAUAAAAGAGCGAUCGUUAAUAUCGCUCCCAUAUCCGAUUAA